CUAUGAAAUUACAUUUAUACCCCGAGCAGUUCCAGCUUUAUUCCUCUCUCCUCGUUAACGGUAACGAGGACAGAACAGUAAUCCCAACUCACCCAUCAAAACCACCACCGUUAACUGUAGCAAACCACCACCGGAGACAAAUCCUCCACAUUUCCCCUCUCUCUUUCCCUCUCUCGCUAAACCGGAUCUAACAAACCCUAACCCUAAUUCCCAAUUCAAUUUGUUUUCUCUAUACGUUCGAUUUGAGGAAUUUGAAUCGACAUGGGCGAUUUCAACCUCGCCCUGGUGAUCGUGGCCGUGGUUGUAUGCAUUAUCGUGUUCCUCUUCAAUGUUUACCUGCUCGUGAACUACCAGCACCCUGAUGACAAGAACCAAGCGUACUUCCCCAAAUUAGUCGUCGUUUUGGGGCUGUCGGUGGCUGCCAUCUCCAUCCUGAUGCUCCCCGCCGACGUGGCCAACCGGCAGGCUUGCCGGCACGCCAUAUACAACGGCGCGUGCAACCUCACGCUCCCGAUGAAGGACCUCUGGCUCGCCGUCUACAUUCUUGAUGCAGUUCUCGUCUUCUUCGUCAUCCCCUUCGCAAUGUUCUACUACGAAGGCGACCUUGACAAGAGUGUGGGUAAAAGGAUUAAGAGUGCGUUGUUGUGGAUGGUGACGACGGCUAUAGUGUGCGCUCUCAUUCUGGGUAUUUUAUAUGGGCUUGUUGGUAAGGUGGACUUUACUGUUAGGCACCUCUCUUCAUCCACAACUUCAUUUCCUGGCACAUGGGGCUUCAAUAGUGGUCAACAAUGUAUUGGAAGUGGUGCCCAUCAGUGCUCAGCAUACUCUGCUAGUCCUUCAUCAGAGAAAACAUGGACCAUGCGUACUACCUUUCCAGAAUAUGUUGUUGCUCUUGCUACCAUUGUUGGAUCUGUGCUUUUUGCUAUAUUUGGUGGCGUUGGUAUUGCUUGUCUUCCAUUGGGACUUAUAUUUUCAUUUAUCCGGCGUCCAAAGGCUGUUAUCACUCGCUCACAGUAUAUCAAGGAAGCAACUGAACUGGGUAAAAAAGCCAAAGAACUAAAGAAAGCAACUGAGUCCCUCCAUCAGGAAGAAAGAAGUGGUUCAAAGGGUAGAAAAUUUCGUAAAAAUGUGAAGGAAGUAGAAAAGGAAUUGUUUCAAUUAGAAGAAGAUGUAAAGCUUCUUGAAGAGAUGUAUCCACAAGGAGAGAAGGCUGAGACAUCAUGGGCACUGACAGUUCUUGGUUAUCUGGCAAAACUUGUUUUGGGAAUUUUAGGGUUGGUUGUUUCAGUGGCGUGGGUUGCUCAUAUCAUUAUCUAUCUAUUAAUUGAUCCUCCCAUUUCUCCUUUCCUGAAUGAAGUUUUCAUCAAACUAGAUGACAUCUGGGGUCUUCUUGGCACAGCUGCAUUUGCAUUCUUCUGCUUUUACCUUCUCCUUGCCGUGAUUGCUGGUGCCAUGAUGCUUGGGCUGAGACUAGUUUUCGUUACUAUACAUCCCAUGAAGUGGGGAGCGACUCUAAUGAAUUCUUUUCUGUUUAAUGUGGGACUUAUCCUUCUUUGUUCCAUUAGUGUGAUCCAGUUUUGUUCCACAGCAUUUGCUUACUAUGCUCAAGCAACUGCAGCCCAGGAAAUAUUUGGCCACACUUUGGAGUCUCUUCGUGGAAUUAAAUAUUUAUACAAGUACAAUGUAUUUCAAAUUGCAUUUGUUGUCUUGGCUGGAUUGACCUUUGUGUAUUAUGCUGCCUUUGGAUGGAGAAGAAGAAAGCCCAGCGGCAGAUUCCAAUUGUCUGCAUGAAGUAUGACUUAGCCUGGAAUAGUAGUAAUCUCUGGAGGGAGCCAUCGGGGAUUCCAUGUCUCUCAUCAUAUUCUUUGGAGUGGUUUUUAUAUUCGGAUGUGUUGUGGUCUAGUUUUGUUUUAUGUUGAAAGCUAUAGAGUAAGCUGAUCAUCAUCUGAGAAGAAUCAUUUUAUACUAGUUGCUUGUGCUGCAACUUUGGUCUUUGCUUCUGUCGUCGCCCUUGUAUGUAUUACUCCUUUGUUUGAUUUGUGUUUUACAUCCUGCUAUGUAAUUAAACGUAUUGUAUUAUGUGCGCACAAGAGUACUAUAUUCCUAGAAUACUCUUUGAUGUAAGACAACCCUGCCAAAGAGGAUGUUGUACAUGCAGGGUCCUUUUAAUCUUUUAUUUUUAUGAUCUUACAUGUUUGUGUAGCUCUUUCUUUGUAUUAAUAGGUUUCAAUAGGAACUUGUGGGGCAUUUAGA